AUGGCACACAUUCCUGCGGCAACGUUGGGUAAUAAGAAUAAAAAACAUUUCCUUGGCGUUCCAGCUCCAUUGGGCUAUGUGGCUGGUGUAGGCAGAGGUGCUACCGGAUUUACCACACGUUCAGAUAUUGGUCCCGCUCGUGAUGCCAACGACGUAUCAGACGAUCGGCAUGCUCCGCCAGCGGCAAAACGCAAAAAGAAGGAGGAAGAGGAGGAAGACGAUGAAGAUUUGAACGAUUCCAAUUACGAUGAGUUCAGCGGGUACAGUGGUUCCCUGUUCUCGAAGGAUCCGUACGAUAAGGACGACGCCGAAGCGGAUGCCAUUUACGAGAGCAUCGACAAACGGAUGGACGAGAAGCGCAAAGAGUAUCGUGAAAAGCGGCUGAAAGAAGAUCUGGAACGAUACCGUCAGGAGAGGCCGAAAAUUCAGCAACAGUUUUCCGACCUGAAGCGUAAUCUGAUUGCUGUUUCGGAGGAUGAGUGGGCCAACCUACCGGAAGUGGGAGACAGCCGUAACAAGAAGCAGCGUAAUCCGCGUGCGGAAAAAUUUACACCACUGCCGGACAGUGUGCUGUCGCGCAAUCUCGGCGGUGAAGCAUCUACCGCAAUCGAUGGCCGGUCGGGUUUGGCGUCGAUGAUACCGGGUGUGGCCACGCCGGGUAUGCUGACACCGAGCGGUGAUCUUGAUUUGCGCAAGAUUGGUCAGGCGAGAAACACGCUCAUGAAUGUGAAACUAUCGCAGGUGUCCGACUCUGUGGCCGGUCAGACGGUGGUCGAUCCGAAGGGCUACCUGACGGAUCUGCAAAGCAUGAUACCCACAUACGGUGGAGACAUAAAUGACAUUAAGAAAGCGCGCAUGCUGCUGAAAAGUGUGCGCGAGACGAAUCCGUAUCAUCCGCCGGCUUGGAUAGCAUCGGCCCGUUUGGAAGAGGUUACGGGAAAGCUGCAAAUGGCACGUAAUCUUAUUAUGCGCGGUUGUGAGCAGAAUCCACAAAGCGAGGAUCUGUGGUUGGAAGCCGCCCGACUGCAACCACCGGACACGGCGAAGGGAGUGAUUGCGCAGGCCGCUCGUCGCAUACCGACAUCCGUGCGUAUCUGGAUUAAGGCAGCCGAUCUCGAAACGGAACCAAAGGCAAAGCGCCGUGUGUUUCGGAAAGCGCUCGAGCAUAUUCCGAACUCGGUGCGUCUGUGGAAGGCAGCAGUGGAGAUGGAGAAUCCGGAAGAUGCAAAGAUUUUGCUGUCCCGUGCAGUAGAAUGCUGUGGUACGAGCGUGGAACUGUGGUUAGCACUUGCUCGGCUGGAAACAUACGAAAACGCCCGUAAAGUGUUGAACAAGGCACGCGAAAAGAUCCCGACCGAUCGACAGAUCUGGACGACGGCAGCAAAGCUGGAGGAAGCGAACGGUAAUAUUCAUAUGGUCGAGAAGAUUAUCGACCGAGCACUGUCAUCACUCAGCGCGAAUGGUGUCGAGAUUAACCGAGACCAGUGGCUGCAGGAAGCAAUCGAGGCGGAAAAAUCGGGAGCGAUCAAAUGCUGUCAGGCAAUCGUGCGGGCCGUCAUAGCGACCGGUAUCGACGAGGAGGACCGCAAGCAAACGUGGAUCGAUGAUGCGGAGAAUUGCGCCAAGGAGGGUGCAUUCGAGUGUGCACGGGCCGUUUACAGCUACGCACUGACCGAGUUCCCGUCGAAGAAAAGCAUCUGGUUGCGUGCAGCAUACUUCGAAAAGAAUCACGGAACGCGCGAAAGUUUGGAAGCGCUGCUGCAGAAAGCCGUCGCACACUGUCCCCAGUCGGAGGUGCUGUGGUUGAUGGGGGCCAAGUCGAAGUGGUUGGCGGGUGAUGUGCCGGCGGCCCGAGGCAUCCUUUCGCUCGCCUUCCAGGCCAAUCCAAACUCGGAAGACAUUUGGUUGGCUGCGGUUAAGCUGGAAUCGGAAAAUGCCGAAUACGAACGUGCUCGGCGGUUGCUCGCGAAGGCACGUGCAUCAGCACCGACACCGCGUGUGAUGAUGAAGUCGGCCAAACUUGAGUGGGCUCUCAACAAUCUGGACGAGGCGCUUAGCUUGCUCGAGGACGCGGUAAGAGUUUUUCCCGAAUUUGCCAAACUGUGGAUGAUGAAGGGCCAAAUCGAGGAGCAGAAGGCGAUGCUGGAACGUGCGGCCGAAUCUUACAAUGCCGGUUUAAGGCGAUGUCCCAACUCCAUACCGCUGUGGCUGUUGUUGGCCACACUGGAAGAGAAACGGAACCUGCUGACCAAGGCACGUUCCGUGCUGGAACGAGGUCGACUGAAGAACCCGAAGAACGCACUGCUAUGGUUGGCUGCGAUACGCAUCGAAAUACGGGCCGGAAUGAAGGAUAUGGCCAACACGCUGAUGGCACGCGCGUUGCAGGACUGUCCGAACGCUGGCGAGCUGUGGGCGGAAUCCAUCUUUCUCGAAGCUAGACCGCAAAGGAAAACAAAAUCGGUGGAUGCAUUGAAAAAAUGCGAACACGACCCGCAUGUGCUGCUCGCUGUAUCGAAGCUAUUCUGGAGUGAGCGAAAGUUGCAGAAAUGUCGCGACUGGUUCAAUCGAACGAUAAAAAUCGAUCCUGAUUUUGGUGACGCGUGGGCAUACUUUUACAAAUUUGAGCUUCAGCAUGGUACCGAGCAGCAGCAGCAGGAACUAAUCGAGCGUAGCAAUGCGGCGGAACCGAAGCACGGUGAAGAAUGGUGCAAGGUUAGCAAAGACAUUGCUAACUGGUGCUUCAAGACGGAGGACGUGCUGAAGGCGGUGGUUCGUAAUCUACCCACACCGAUCUAG